AUCAGCCUUUUUGCAUGAUGAAUUUGUUCUCAAACUUUCAACUAAAAAUCAUAUAAAAUAAUAAUAAUAAUAAUAUAGCUAUUAAAGAGAAACAGAGUGUAACACGAGCACACCUAUAGGCUAUAGUUAGUGUAAGCAUGGCUUGCAUUACCAUCUUCAACCCAUCCCCAACGCCAGUCCUACUUCACCGCUCUAGAGGCAACCCUAAGAUGUCCAACCCCUCCACCGACCCUUUGACAAGCGCCGGCCGUUUUCUCUGGGGCCGCUCCCUCCCACCCCAACCCUUGAUCUCCGCCGUCCGCUCCACCUGGUCCACCGUGUGGCAUCUCAUGAUGCGACAGCUCGCCCCCUCAUCCUCCACCGGCUCGUACUCCCGCCCCGCCGGCUCCUUCCCCUCUAUCGACCUAUCUCUAUACCCCCCCACCACUUCACUCCAUCUUUACGCUGCCCUCUCUUGCCCUUGGGCCCAUCGCACACUCAUCGUCCGCGCCAUCAAGUCUGUCGAACCCUUCCUCCCUGUCUCCAUCGCUGCCCCCGGUCCUGACGGCCCUUGGGAGUUCACCUCGUCGUCGGUCCAUGCCGGAGAUCUGGUUCCAGGGCCGGAUCGGGCGAACGGGAGACGAACUCUGAGAGACGUCUAUGGAAUACGUCGUGGAGGGUUCGAUGGGAGAUCAACGGUCCCGAUGCUUUGGGAUGUGGAUAAGAAUGAUGUGGCGUGCAACGAGAGCUACGAGAUCAUUAAGUUUUUGAAUUCAUGGCAACGCACUGCUGAUAUAAAUGAUAUUGAUCUCUACCCUUCACAGCUUCAGAAGGAGAUUGAGGAAUGGAACCGAAUUAUAUACCCAAGUGUUAACAAUGGCGUUUAUAGGUGUGGUUUUGCACAAAGCCAGGAAGCAUAUGAUGAGGCAGUGAAUGCUUUGUUUGAUACACUGGACAUGUUGGAGUCUCACUUGGGAACUAAUCGUUACCUUUGCGGUGAUGUGUUUACGCUUGCUGAUGUUUGCCUAUUUACCACGCUCAUUCGCUUUGAUCUUGUUUACUAUGUUCUUUUCAAGUGUACCAAGAAGAAGCUGGUUGAGUUUCCCAAUCUUCAUAGUUACACAAGAGACAUAUAUCAGAUACCAAAGGUGGCAGAGACCUGCAAUUUUGAAGCAAUAAUGGAUGGGUAUUUUCGAACGUUGUUCCCCUUGAAUCCGGGCGGUAUUCGACCUGCCUUACCUUCUGCUUGCAAACCAGAUGUACUGUCUAAACCACAUGGCAGGGAUUCGGUAUGUUCAAACGGCCUGACCUCGUUCUUGGUCCUUUCAAGAGGGCAAUCCAUGCAGUAAUAAAGACGAUGUUUCUGAGGAUCCUGAUUCAUGGAUAUGCAGCCAUCCAGGAAUUCCUUCUUGAUCAAGCCGUCUAAUGUGUAAGCAAAC